UUCUGUGUGAAGAGAGCCAGCGUGAAGACAUAUUUGUAAGAACCACAAGUGCCCAGGCCAGGAUACAGGAAAACAAAAACUCCAGCAAAUUGACUGACCUCAUGCCGUUUCCUGACAUUUGGCAGUGACAGUGAGAAAGGACUUCAGGUCUCAUCUUUAUAUGGAUUUAUCUUUUGAGAGAAGUUUGCUUUUGUUCGGGACAGUUUGUUGUUCUGAGAUACAUCAGACAAUAUAAUCAUGGGGCAAGCUGAUGUCUCCAGACCGGUAAAUCCAGAUACAGUUGAAGAAGCAGACCAGCCCACUUCAGACCCAGCCAUGGUUAUGGACAGUGUGGAAGCAGGUGACACAACACCUCCCACCAAGAGAAAGAGCAAGUUCUCAGGCUUUGGCAAGAUCUUUAAACCCUGGAAAUGGAGGAAAAAAAAAAGUAGUGAUAAAUUUAAAGAGACUUCAGAAGUUUUAGAGCGAAAAAUAUCUGUGCGAAAACCAAGAGAAGAACUAGUUAAAAGAGGUGUUUUGUUAGAAGACCCUGAGCUGGGUGAUGAGGAUCCAGGAAAGUUAAGUCAUGCUGUAUUAAAGAAUGGCCACACUGCUCCCAUAGGGAAUGCCAGAUCUUCUAGUCCAGACAUAGUAGAGGAAGAGCCAGUAAGAAUAGCAAGUUUUAGGAAUCCUAUUCCAGAAGAGGACUCCAAGGAGCAACUCGACCACAUCUUUUACUACCCAGACUCAACUAGAAGCCAGCCUAAUUCUGAAGCAGAGCCUCUUCCUGAGAAUGUACCCAAACAACCUCUAUUACCCCCCAAAAGACCCUUGUCCUCUUCUAAUGAAGCAAGUGAAGGGCAAUCAAAGGAUGUCACUUCUGGCAGCACAACAAUGUCCAUCACCUCCACUUCUGUGUCCUCUACCACCAUAGCACCUGCUGCCACCACUGCUGCCACAACCCUAACAAAGACUGUUAACUCCUUCGUCACCCCUUCCCCAGCACCCAGGACUCUGCCUGCUGCUCUUGCCAGCACUAACACUACUUCUGCCCCAAACCUUACUCAUAUCAUCCCUGCCAAGCAGCCCCCUGUCCCUCCCCCUAAGCCAGCUCACAGAAAUAGCAACCCUGUUAUUGCUGAACUGUCCCAAGCAAUAAACAGCGGUACGUUGUUAUCAAAACCAUCCCCACCCUUACCACCUAAAAGAGGCAUUCCAACAACCCUGGUAUCCACGUCUGAGUCUGCUGCUGCCUUCACUACAAAAACACCAAGUGAUCAAAAAGAGAAGGGCACCUGCUCUCUGGGCUUCGAACUGCUGCCAGCAGUCCCACCUCCAUCCCCAUCCCCACCACUGCCGCCUCAUAUACCUCCGGAGCCUCCACAAUCCCCUCCAUUCCCUGAUAAGACUUUGCAAGUUGUGCCAGAAGUUGAAAUUGUGCCUUCCUUAGAUCUGCCCCAGGAGGUUCCCCAGCAGGAAGAUCAGAAAAAAGAAGUCCCCAAGAGGAUUCUGGACCAGAGCUGUGGAGAUCCCCACAUACCCCCUAGGCUACCCCCACUCCCACUACAUGUUCGAAUUCAGCAGGCCUUGAGCAGCCCUCUUCCCAUGACUCCUCCCUUGGAGGGCUCUCACAGAGCUCAUUCGUUGCUCUUUGAGAAUACUGACGACUUUUAUGAGGACAGCAAUACCCUGGGUCGUACCAGAUCACUUCCCAUCACUAUUGAAAUGCUGAAAGUUUCAGACGAUGAAGAAGAGGAGCAAACUUGCCCAUUGCCAUUUGUUGAAGACGUGACAUCUACUACCUCAGUCAUUCCUAAACUACCACAGUGUCUGCAGGAGGAAAAGGAGAGUGACUCAGAUUCAGAGGGUCCCAUUCAGUACCGAGAUGAAGAGGAUGAAGAUGAAAGCCAUCAAAGUACCCUGGCCAACAAAGUGAAGAGGAAAGACACAUUGGCAAUGAAGUUGAACCACAGGCCCAGUGAUACAGAGUCGAAUUUGAAUUCUUGGCCUCAUAAAAGCAAGGAAGAGUGGAACGAAAUACGGCACCAGAUUGGGAACACACUGAUCCGGCGACUGAGUCAAAGACCUACACCAGAAGAACUGGAACAACGCAAUAUACUGCAACCUAAAAACGAAGCUGAUCGUCAGGCAGAAAAACGAGAGAUUAAACGUCGGCUUACUAGAAAGCUUAGUCAAAGGCCAACUGUGGCUGAACUCCUUGCCCGGAAGAUUCUGAGAUUUAAUGAAUAUGUGGAGGUAACAGAUGCUCAAGACUAUGACCGACGAGCUGACAAACCUUGGACGAAACUGACCCCUGCUGACAAGGCUGCCAUAAGAAAAGAAUUAAAUGAAUUUAAAAGUUCAGAGAUGGAGGUACAUGAAGACAGCAAACAUUUCACACGCUACCAUCGUCCAUGAUCGUGAAGUUUGAGAGGAACUAAACGACCCCCCCCC